AUGAACAAAAUCGAUGACUGGGGAUCUUUGGAGGCCGAGGGAAAAAUAUUCAUAAUGAUGAAGCCUCAACACGACGCUACCUUCUCACGCAUGAACAAAAUCGAUGGCUGGGGAUCUUUGGAGGCCGAGGGAAAAAUAUUCAUAAUGAUGAAGCCUCAACACGACGCUACCUUCUCACGCAUGAACAAAAUCGAUGGCUGGGGAUCUUUGGAGGCCGAGGGAAAAAUAUUCAUAAUGACGAAGCCUCAACACGACGCUACCCCCUCAAUCGCCCCCAAAAUCGAUGACUGGGGAUCUUUGGAGGCCGAGGGAAAAAUAUUCAUAAUGACGAAGCCUCAACACGACGCUACCUUCUCACGCAUGAACAAAAUCGAUGGCUGGGGAUCUUUGGAGGCCGAGGGAAAAAUAUUCAUAACGAUAAAGCCUCAACACGACGCUACCUUCUCAACGCAUGAACAAAAUCGAUGGCUGGGGAUCUUUGGAGGCCGAGGGAAAAAUAUUCAUAAUGACGAAGCCUCAACACGACGCUCACCUUCAAACGCAUGA